AUGAAUUUCCUCGUUCUUAUAGUCCAGAAAGUCGCCCCAAUAUUUCUCGUUACCAGUCCUUUAACGAGUUAUGCGGACCAAAUACGGAACAUACAUAUUACAAAAUCUUCUCGCGGCUUUUCUCUUGAUACCCCUCUUAUCAUGCUAGUAGCUUCUAUUCUUCGAUGUUUUUACUGGAUUGGUUCUCGAUUCGAGACGAGCUUAUUACUUCAAAGCCUCAUAAUGAUCCUCGUUCAGGGCGUACUACUUAAGGUUGCUCUUGAUCAUCGAUCUACUGGAGAUGAAAGAGUCCCUUUUGCGGGCGUGGUAUACCCUACGAAACGACCUUUCAAUUUCUGGCAGUGGAGGCCUCAGAGACCAUACUGGGAGUUCCUGGCCUACUUCUUCGUGAUUACGGCUAUCCUUCAGCUCUUUUUCGGGUCUUCUGAAUUUUUUGUGGGACUUCUUGGGUACUGCGCCCUAGGAGUGGAGGCCGGCCUUCCGAUACCACAGGUUCUAGCAAACCAAAAGGCUAGAUCUUGCAAGGGCUUCCGCCUGUCGGUACUUGUAUCUUGGUUGAUUGGUGAUAUCAUGAAGACUGUGUUUUUCUAUUCUUCUGAUCAUGUCGGGAUGCAAUUUCGGCUGUGUGCUGGUAUCCAGUUUGCUCUUGAUGCCUAUCUCGGCUUUCAAUUUUGGAUGUUUGGGAAUGGCGAACUUGCGAAGGAUUUUGAAAUGUCCUGA